CCAGUACGAAUUUACUUUCAAAUCUCGUCGAGUAACGCAAAUUCUCGACCUCUCGUGUAUUCCAUUUACGGACGCCGGUUUGUUGGAGCAGGUUUGAAAAAAAGUAGAUCAUCAUGGGUCCCAAAGUUGGAAUCAAUGGAUUUGGACGUAUUGGCCGUCUAACUCUGCGGGCUGCCAUUGACCGAGGUGUGGAGGUGGUCGCCGUCAAUGACCCCUUCAUUGGACUCGAUUAUAUGGUGUACAUGUUCAAGUACGAUUCCACACACGGACGAUUCAAAGGCACCGUAAAGGUCCAGGGCAACAAGCUGAUCGUAAACGAUAAACCCAUUGCAGUUUACGAUAAGAAGGACCCGGCCGAGAUCCCAUGGUCGGAGACUGGGGCCACGUAUGUCGUCGAGUCAACCGGUGUCUUCACCACCAAAGACAAGGCUGCUGCUCACUUCAAGGGAGGCGCCAAGAAGGUGAUCAUCUCGGCCCCGUCGGCCGAUGCCCCUAUGUUUGUGAUGGGCGUGAAUCACGACAAGUACGACAAGAGCAUGAACGUGGUCAGCAACGCGUCCUGCACCACCAACUGCCUGGCGCCACUCGCCAAAGUUAUCCACGACAACUUCGGCAUCGUCGAGGGUCUGAUGACCACCGUGCACGCUGUCACUGCCACCCAGAAAACCGUGGAUGGACCCAGCAUGAAGGACUGGCGUGGUGGCCGUGGAGCUUUCCAGAACAUCAUCCCCUCAUCGACUGGAGCAGCUAAAGCUGUUGGAAAAGUUAUUCCAGAUCUUAAUGGAAAAUUGACUGGAAUGGCUUUCAGGGUACCAGUCCCUAAUGUGUCCGUUGUGGAUUUGACAGUUCGUCUGAAGACUGGGGCAUCCUACGAAAAGAUCAAGCAGACCAUCAAGGAGGCCUCCAACACUUCCAUGAAGGGAAUUCUGGGAUACACCGAGGAUGACGUCGUUUCUGAGGAUUUCAAGGGAGACAACAGAAGCAGUAUUUUUGAUGCCAAGGCUGGCAUUGCUUUGAAUGACAACUUUGUCAAGCUAGUUUCAUGGUACGACAAUGAGUACGGUUAUAGCAACCGGGUCGUGGAGCUGCUUCAACACAUGUUCACCAAGGACAAAUAAGUGGAAACUCGCGAAUAGAACAUUUUAAAAAACAAAACAUCUUCAGUCUUAAUACAUGAUGCAUUAUGCUCAGUGUUAGCAGAAACCUACUUAACGGUAGUGUGUAUACACUGUAUUAUCUUAUUAUUUGUCCAUAAAUUACACAGGAUUCUGUUCGGCAUAUCGACAUUAUAGUUAAAUAAUUGACAAUUGUUAUUACUAUUGUGUGAUUUAUUUCUGCUUUUACAAUUGAUUUACAAAGGUAGUUUAAUGCCUUGAAAUACAGGGAUUUCAGCUCAAGAAAAUAUUCAGAUUAUUUAAUUAAUACAUACAUCAGUAAACGUUUGUUUUUCUAUUAGGUGCUAAAAAUUUAAUUUAAUAUUAACAUAUACUUUUAAAUUGGGGGUUCUAAAGAAUAAUUGUUUCUUUUUAUCCCUACAGUAUGCAAAUAUGAAGUUCGAUUUGUUGGUGAUAAUUACACCUGUGGCCUCAACUUGUUCCCAUUUAUCCCAAUGCCCAGUGGUUUCCCAAAGAAUAUGGUUUGUUGGUAUCAAUUCCUGGAUUUGUUUUCACCUGUUGUAUGUUUAAUUCUGCACUACAUUCGAUACUACUUGAAACUUAAAAGAAUUUCAAUAAUUUAAAAAAAUAUUCAUAAUUGAUGUUCAUCAAGAGGUGUACUGUUUAAAAAGUGUACAUUUAGACAUAAUGCAGGUUUUUGUCCGUGUUAGUUAUUUGUGGGUAUUAGAAUGGUAAGGCGAUGUUAAAAGUACUUGCAGUAUGGUUCUGAAAUCUGUGUUGACAUCUUGUCAACCAUGUGGUUAAAAGUAUCAUUAUGUAUACUUUGUGCAGUAUUUGCAUGUUGCCUAUUUAGUAGUGCUAUUAUUAUAUUUUUUUCCUUUUUAAAAUGAUUUUUCUUUGCUGGAAGUUGUUUAUCUAGCCUAAUAAAGGAUUCUGUAUACAUUU